CUGUUACAGCUUCUGGAGUCUGAAACGAUGCAACUAGAAGCCUUUCUGCAGUGGAAGCAACUGGAACCGGUUUAUUGGCAGUGGAUGGAGAUUGUGUUAGAUAAUGUGGCUGAAGAGGGAAAUAUGUGCGAGUCCCAGGAUGCUCAUAUAGAGAAAAGCGAGCUGGCAGAGGCAACCUCAGGCUGCCCCUGGGCUGACAGUCUGACUGGGCAAAUUGACAGAUUAUCUAGAGAUCUAAUGACCCUCCAUGACCAACUGCAUAAGCUUGUAACUCACCGGAAGGCUGCAUGGCGUGAGAAGGUGAGAACAAGAAAGGAAGACCUACAGAAGGAGGGGUUCUCUGCUAGAAAGAUCCAGGAAAGUGUUGAACGAAAACUACUGGAUCUUACACACCUUUAUGCUCGAAAAAAACCCAAAAUGCAUGGUUCGUGCCGACUGGUGUUCAGAAGCAAACAUCCUGCCAGCAAAAUGGGUUUGGGCAGGUCUGUAGCCAAGGAGGCUGUUUCAGCUGUCAGUGCUACAGAGGUGAUCAGAGAGCUGCAGAUGAGAGAGGCCAGCCUGGAGAGAGAACUGAAGCAGCUGCAGGAAGAGUGCAGGCAGAGGCUGGAUGAAAUUGCAGAAGGGUUGGAUGGAGUGAUUUGUAUCUCCCCAUGA